AUGUUCUGUUACGUGAAUCUAUUCCUCGUUUUAUUCGUGGUGGAAUCGCAAGACUUGAUUAUUCCUACAGAUGAAAGUACGGUAACUUUUCUGUUUUCAUUUAAAUGUUUUGAUUUUGCGUUUUACAGAUAAAUGUUUUUUAGCUACUUUGGGUGAGCUCAUAACUUUAACUACUGCCCCAUUUGAUGAGGAUACGACAUUAGGAGAGUUGAUAACGCUGACAACGGCACCAUCAGAUGAACAGACGACGUUAGGAGAGCUGAUAACAUUAACUACAGAAGCUACGACAACACAAGGCGAGUUGAUUACUCUUACUACGGAAGCUACUGAAGGGACUACUCAAGAGGAAAUUACGGUGGAAGAAACAACUGAAGUUACAACGACUGUAGAAACGACCGAAGCCACUACUUCUGCUCCUUGUUGUCCUUCUGGCGGAGUUUGGGGAGAUUGGAGACCAUCAUCAAGUUCAACAUGUUCAGAUACUUGUGGAGGGUACGGGACUCAACAGAUGGAACGCACUUGUUUGUCGCUUCAGAUAUCUGAAAGUUGUACUUGUGAAGGCAACUCUACUUCUACUGCACCUUGUAAUCUCCAGCCAUGUCCGUUUGGCAGAGCUUCAUGUGCUACUGGACUGUCAGUGGGAACAUUGAACGGAAGCUUCGCUUGUUUAAAUGCUACUACUACUAAUAACUCGACAUUGUCUUGUUGUCCAUCAAUUGACUUGUUUGACGAAUGGACGGUAUGGACUAGUUGUACGAGUACUUGUGGUAACUGUAGUAAUAGUACGAGGACGAGAAUUUGUGUGCAGAGAAGUCAAGGAUGUUCUUGUCAAUCGUGGGUUUUUAGUGUUAUAUUAUUGUUGUGAAAUACGUCUUUUCGUCGUGAAAAGAGUUGUUUUUAGUGGUAUUCUGUCUAGAGGCGAUCUUUCUUGUGCAAGAGUAAAGAAUGUAAUGUAACGUAUGUUCUAGAAGCGACGAAAAGGAAACGGCAUCUUGCGGGAACGCGGUCUGCAAGUACCCGACCAGGUCAUGUUGUUCAGGGAGCUCGGUCAAGCCCUUGAACGGAUCCUUCGUUUGUGCUUCUUGA